AUGAGCAACAAUAUUAAUCCAAUAGCUGAUCAUCUACUUCAGAUGACAAAUGAGACUGACAAUCAACGAAUGCUUAAAGAACAAGAAGAAGCAUUGGCAAUCUACAAAUCAACUCAACAAAGUCUUUGUGCAUUCAAUGACUUUAGCAAGGCACGCUACCAAGAUGUCAACAAACACUUUGAAUCUCAUGCCAAACUACUCAAGGAAAUCAAAGGGGAUCUCGAGAGUGUGUUUGGAAGAUUACAGAAUAUGAAGCAACAUCUUGGAAACAAAUAUCCUGCCGAAACACUUGUUGUGUUGCAAAAAUAUCCUGCGCCAAUAUUACAAGAUGAUUGA